GUUCAAAGCGUGCGUUCGACUUUCUGGUGGCGACGUACGCUACUAGCGUGUCUUUAAUUAUUGAUGCAAAAGUUCCACGAUGGUUGAUCAUAACGAGAAAAUAUUACUGGAAUUGCUAAAGAAACCCGGAAAUAAUGUGUGUGCUGAUUGUGGAGCAGAGGAUCCCGACUGGGCAUCCUACAACCUCGGCAUCUUCAUAUGCAUGCGAUGCGCCAGCAUACACCGCGGCAUGGGAGCACACAUCAGCAAAGUGAAACAUCUAGAACUCGACAGAUGGGAGGAUUCACAAGUCCAAAGGAUGAAGGAAGUUGGCAAUAUAGCCGCUAGGCAUAAGUACGAAGAAAGGGUCCCCCCGUGUUAUAGACGACCGACCAAGAAUGAUCCACAAGUGCUUAUAGAACAAUGGAUUCGCGCGAAGUACGAACGAGAAGAAUUUUCGCACCCCGAGCGACAGAGCUAUCUCUCUGGGAUCAUGGAAGGGUUCUUAAUGAAAAGAGGAAAAGAGGAUAGCCGUUAUCAACUAAGGAAAUUUGUUUUAAAUGAAAACGAGGACACCUUGAAGUACCAGCACCAUUCGGACGGUUGUAGCGGUCCUACGGGUUGUCUCGGUCGUAUAUUCGAUCGGCUUCGACUCAAAAACUUUGGUCGUUUGAGGUAUCACGUGAAAGAAAAUAAAGAGCCAAAAGGAAUCCUUAAACUGUCAGAAUUAAAUGUUUCCUUUGCUCCCGCAAAAAUUGGUCACAUGAAUUCCAUGCAGCUCACAUUCAUGAAAGAUGGUUCAACACGCCACAUCUACGUUUAUCAUGAAGAUCCUGAAGUUAUUAAUUGCUGGUACACUGCAAUACGAUGUGCCAAGCUCCACCAACUCCAAGUUGCGUUCCCUUCCACACCCCAAUCAGACUUACUCCUCCGUCUCCCAAAGGACUUCGCGAGAGAGGGCUGGUUAUGGAAGACUGGUCCCAGGUCCUCAGACGUGCAUAGACGACGAUGGUUCACGUUGGACAAUCGGAAACUUAUGUACCAUGAUGAGCCACUCGAUGCGUACCCGAAAGGAGAGAUUUUUAUCGGUCACGAAUCAACGGGCUACCACAUCAAAGUGACGAACACGGGCAACGGUUGCAAGGAGGCCCGCUUCCCCUUCCACCUGGUGACGCCGGAGCGCACGUUCUGCCUCGCCGCCACCACGCACGAGGACCGCGCGGGCUGGCUCGCCGUCAUACAGCACACGCUCAAGCGCCCGCUCACCCCGCAGGACUCCACCAUUGAAGCCACCCUCGUCCGCAAGCGAACAACAUCAAACUCCAUAAGUAUAUUUUCUGGCAGGUAGUUUAGUUUGUUUAGGCGUCGAUUUAAGAUUAAAUAAGUUAGCAAUUAUUAGUUGCUUUAAAAGUUCAAUUUAGAAGCUAGAAUAAAAUACUUUUUUAUUCGCUAAUUAUACAUAGAAAUGAAAUUUUGUAUGUAAUCUCGUCGAACAUAAUAUUUAUAUUGAGAUUUUUGAAACCAAAAAAUCGAUGUCGCGCCGAUUUCUAACGUUCUAGAAUCUAGGUUAUUUGGUCGAUGCGGUCGAAAAUCGAAAUCUUUUAGUUCAUUUGUAAAUAAUUUUUAUCAAUCACAGUAUAUUUGAGUUAAAAAUUUAGUUACUUUAUGUAUUCAAAUCAUGUAAAUAGUUUUAUUUUUAGGCAAAAAUAAUUUUACUAACACAAAAGCGAAGGACUGAAUCUAUAUUAACAAUUUAUUGUGUAUUUUUUAUCGUGAACUGUGUAAUGGUUUUAUUUUUUAUAAAAUACAGAUUAUACGCACAAAAAGUAAUUGCAAUAAUAAUGUAAAGAUAUUGUGAAUUAAAUGAUGUUUAAGUUUAAAACAGGCAAUAAUAUAUCUACAAAGAAUGAAAUACGACUGUCAUUUUAUACUAGUAAUAUUUCCAAGGAAUAUAAAAUCCGUUACAUACUGUUAUGAAUGAAAAAUAAUGUUAAAUUUGUGUUAGAAAAUCAAUUCAACUGCUCUCUUUAUAAAAAGACAUUUUACAGGGAAUUCAUGAAGUAAUAUCAUUAUGAAAUCAGCGUUUACAAAAUCCAUGCACCGUUUUUCAUGCCUGUUACUAUAAUUUGAUUUUUUAACCUUUUAAAUUUAAGCUAUUGCAUAGCUUCUAUCGCGGGCCUUGAGCGCGGGGCCGAAUCGAAAAAUUCCGUAACGAAAAAAC